AGCUGCAGCAGAGCUGCCAGGGACCAGGCAAUCUUGUACAGAAGGGCUGAGAGCAAGCUGGGUGGAUGGGAUGGAAGCUGGACCUUCUACACCAGCCCCAAGUGGGUUUGUUCCACCAUUACAGCAAGUGUUCCAGGCUCCACGCCGUCCUGGGAUUGGCACAGUUGGGAAACCAAUAAAGCUUCUUGCCAACUACUUUGAAGUGGACAUUCCCAAGAUUGAUGUCUACCACUAUGAAGUGGACAUUAAGCCAGACAAAUGUCCCAGGCGUGUCAACAGGGAAGUUGUUGAAUACAUGGUCCAACAUUUCAAGCCACAGAUAUUUGGAGACAGAAAACCAGUAUAUGAUGGAAAGAAGAACAUCUAUACAGUCACAGCAUUGCCUAUUGGUCAUGAAAGGGUUGAUUUUGAGGUAACUAUACCUGGUGAGGGAAAGGAUAGGAUAUUCAAAGUGUCCAUUAAAUGGAUGGCAGUGGUGAGCUGGCGUAUGCUCCAUGAAGCUCUGGGAAGUGGGCGAAUUCAGCUGCCUCUUGAAUCUGUGCAGGCGCUAGAUGUAGCCAUGAGGCACUUGGCUUCAAUGAGGUAUACUCCAGUAGGCCGCUCCUUCUUCUCACCACCCGAAGGUUACUAUCACCCGCUGGGAGGAGGGCGUGAAGUCUGGUUUGGGUUCCAUCAAUCUGUACGUCCAGCUAUGUGGAACAUGAUGCUCAACAUUGAUGUGUCUGCAACUGCGUUCUACAAGGCUCAACCGGUCAUAGAAUUCAUGUGUGAGGUUUUGGAUAUUCGAAACAUUGAUGAGCAGCCCAAACCACUAACAGACUCACAAAGGGUGCGAUUCACUAAGGAGAUCAAAGGUUUAAAAGUGGAAGUCACACACUGUGGACAAAUGAAGAGAAAAUACAGAGUUUGUAAUGUGACUCGUCGACCUGCCAGCCACCAAACGUUCCCGCUGCAGCUGGAGAGCGGUCAGACUGUUGAAUGCACAGUAGCCCAAUACUUUAAACAAAAAUACAAUUUACAGCUAAAAUACCCUCAUCUUCCCUGCCUGCAGGUGGGGCAAGAACAGAAGCACACUUAUCUACCUCUGGAGGUCUGUAACAUUGUAGCAGGCCAGAGAUGUAUCAAAAAGCUGACUGAUAACCAGACCUCUACUAUGAUCAAAGCAACUGCCAGGUCUGCCCCAGACCGACAAGAAGAGAUCAGUAGGCUGAUGAAGAAUGCAAGUUACAAUUUGGAUCCGUACAUUCAGGAAUUUGGAAUCAAAGUUAAAGAUGACAUGACAGAGGUUACAGGAAGGGUCCUUCCAGCACCCAUAUUGCAAUAUGGAGGAAGAAAUAGAGCAAUUGCAACACCAAACCAAGGUGUGUGGGACAUGAGAGGAAAGCAGUUCUACAACGGCAUUGAAAUUAAAGUUUGGGCUAUCGCUUGCUUUGCUCCGCAGAAGCAGUGCAGAGAGGAAGUGCUAAAGAAUUUCACAGACCAGCUAAGGAAGAUCUCAAAGGAUGCUGGGAUGCCCAUCCAGGGUCAACCAUGCUUCUGUAAAUACGCACAAGGCACGGACAGUGUGGAGCCGAUGUUUAGACACCUCAAAAACACAUAUUCUGGGCUCCAACUUAUAAUUGUUAUACUGCCGGGAAAAACACCAGUUUAUGCUGAAGUGAAGCGUGUUGGUGACACUCUUCUUGGCAUGGCCACUCAGUGUGUCCAGGUGAAAAAUGUUGUGAAGACCUCCCCACAGACCCUAAGCAAUUUGUGCCUAAAGAUCAAUGUCAAACUAGGUGGAAUCAACAACAUAUUAGUGCCUCAUCAACGCUCUGCGGUCUUCCAGCAGCCAGUCAUUUUCCUUGGAGCAGACGUUACACACCCACCAGCUGGUGAUGGAAAGAAACCCUCGAUCACAGCGGUUGUAGGAAGUAUGGAUGCUCAUCCAAGCAGAUACUGUGCAACAGUAAGGGUUCAGCGUCCUCGGCAGGAGAUCAUUGAGGACCUUUCAUACAUGGUUAGGGAACUUCUCAUCCAGUUUUACAAAUCUACACGUUUUAAACCCACUAGGAUUAUCUUCUAUCGAGAUGGGGUGCCAGAGGGACAGCUCCCUCAGAUUUUGCAUUAUGAGCUGCUGGCUAUCAGGGAUGCAUGUAUCAAACUGGAGAAGGAUUACCAGCCAGGCAUCACUUACAUUGUAGUCCAGAAGCGGCACCACACGCGCCUGUUUUGUGCUGAUCGCAGUGAGCGGAUUGGAAAAAGUGGUAACAUUCCAGCCGGGACAACUGUUGAUACCAACAUCACGCAUCCGUUCGAAUUUGAUUUCUAUCUGUGCAGUCAUGCGGGUAUCCAGGGCACCAGCCGCCCCUCUCAUUACUAUGUUCUUUGGGAUGACAACCGUUUUACAGCCGAUGAGUUGCAGAUCCUCACGUACCAGCUGUGUCACACAUAUGUGCGCUGUACACGGUCUGUAUCUAUCCCAGCUCCUGCAUAUUAUGCUCGACUGGUUGCAUUCAGAGCACGAUAUCACCUUGUAGACAAAGAACAUGACAGUGGAGAAGGCAGCCACAUUUCUGGACAAAGCAAUGGAAGAGAUCCACAGGCCUUAGCGAAGGCAGUGCAAGUUCACCAAGACACUUUGCGCACCAUGUAUUUUGCCUGAUGACUUGUCACUUUCCUAGUGGAUUAUAUCUAGAUGUGACUUGUUUGCCACAUCCCGUACCUCAUUGGCUCAAUAGUUGCGUUUCCUGGGAUCUCGAGCCUUACAAAAGAAGGGUACCUCAAAAUAAACUGAAAUACCUUGUGGGGUCCUCUGUGACCAACGUUGGAAUCACAUUUGACAAUGGUUACAUUUUUUUUUGUUGUUGCAUGUUGUGGAAAUGUAAGAGAGCACCACUUCAGCAGGUCUCUUCUGAUUGCCACAGAAAAUUUCUAGAAGACUUGAAAUGCAAUACUGCAGGCAGAAAAAAAUUACACUGAGCCCCCCUCCUCUCUCCAGGGGAAUAGAUCGAAUGUGCACUGCAAAAAAAAUACUAAAAGAGCUACAAGAAAAGACAAACAGUUUUGAGCCUUAAACAAAAGAUAAAUUCUGAUUCAAAUAACCAAGAAUCUACGAGGUAAACCAUGAGCAUCGAAGAUCUCCCUUGACAAUGCUCCUUUGUUCUGUAUUCCACACAAGACGUUCUAUGGAACGUAACCAGCACAAGAAUGUGGCUUGCUCAGCUAACCUUAGGUCAUCCAGUAGUUCUGUGGUGAUGUACAGGUGCAAGUCCUGGGAUACUUCGGGUUUAAAAUGUCUACAGGAAAGAGUCAAGCAUGUCCUAAUUAUAAAGUCAACUGCCAUGACACAGUAAAUACCUGCCACUUUUCCCCUGGAAUGCAAUAGUGCCAUAUGGUCUUCUUAUGACGAGGCAGAAUGGAGCUGGGUUAUUCAAAGCAAUAGGGUGUCCUUAUCCAGUGAUGACCUGACUCCAGCGUGCCUUCAUAUUGUGAAACCGUUUGAUGCAUUUGAUAAAUUCAGAUACUUUCACGUCACUAGUUUUAGUUGGUAGCGGUUAAAGAGAAUUGUGCAAAGUGCCUUGAACCCUUAAAGUGCUAGACAAGAGGAAAAUAAUCCUGCUUCUCCAGCUCUGCAGUGUGUGUACAUAGUUGGCACUAGAAGCACCAGCUCAUUGAUAAUUUGGCUAGAGCUGUGUCCAUCAGUCUUUGCGCAAUUACUACAAGAUGGUGUUUUCUGUAUGUAGCGGCUCUGCCCAGUUGCGAUACCAUAAGCAUAUAUAUGCUUCUCUGAACUACACAUCCUGCCUUUCCUGAGUUCAGAGAUAUUUUAUGGUUGAAUUUGUAUGAAAAUGUUACAAACAAAUGUUGUGUCAUCGAAAUAACCAUGCUGCCGACACAAAAGGGAGAAUAGUAUCUGCAACAUCCUAACACGAUCUAUACAGAAGAGGAAUGCUAUACUAGACCCUGGGAUAGGGUCACUACUACAGAUCUCAGCAGCUGAAGAAAAGAUUUAGCUUGCUAUGUAAAUGGGGGUUUACACUAUGGAGAUUCCUUCUCAACAUUGCAUAGACUCAUGUAGGGCUGCAGCAAAUGAUUAUUUUAGCAAUCGAGUAUUCUAUCGAUUAUUUUUACAAAUAAUCAAGUACUCUAAUAAGAAAAAAUGAAUUAAUAGACUGUUUUCCUUUAUAAAAACUCAUCAGACCCCCUGCCAUCAGUCCCCAACACCCUUCGUUCCCCCCGUGCGAUCAGCCCAUGCAUUAGUUCCCCCUAGUGCCAUCAGCUCCACUAUCCCCCAGUGCCAUCAGCUUCCCCCCGUGCCAUCAGCUCUGUUCCCCCAGUG